AUGGCCAGCAAAGAUAUCUGCUGUGACGGCACCAUAUCAAUCCAGAACGGCAAGGUCACUGAUACCAACGGCUACUGCUCUGGGAAUGAAAAAAUCCAAUUCUCUUGCGACCCUGGAUACGAGCUCGCGGGCAAGCCCAGUGCCACCUGCCUAAAGAACGGGAGUUGGGACGCGGAGACUCCGACUUGCCAACGGUCCUGCUGUAACAAUACAAUCAGCAUAACGAACGGCCAUAUCACCGCUAGUAACGGCUACUGCUCUGGGAACAGUAUCCACUUCUCCUGUGACGUCGGCUACAAGCUUGUCGGCAGCUCUUCCGCUAUCUGCCAGGUGGACAAACAUUGGGACCGAGAGAUUCCGACAUGCCAACGUAUCUGCUGUGACAAUACCACUGAAAUCAUAAACGGACUGGUUAAUGCUACCGACGGUUACUGCUUUGGGAACGACAUGCAGUUCUCCUGUAAUCCUGGGUACGAGCUUGUCGGCAGGUCCUUGGCCACCUGCGAAGACGACGGAAGCUGGGGACGAGAAUUUCCGAUUUGCCGACCACAUACAGUGCCCACAGAACAAAGCCUCGCGUUCACCCAAGCUAUCAUCGGCGGCACCAGUGCCGGUAUCACCACGGCGCUGAUUGUGGCAGCUGUCUUCUUCAUGGUCUUCCUGAGACAAAGGAGGAGAAAAAGAAGAGAAGACUAUCAACAACCGAUUGAACUGGACUUUCUGCCAGAUGAUGUGGCAAUCCACAGGAGGAGGAUGGAGGAGAUGGUCCAACUGGUUCCCCCCAGGCCACAGUUCCCGAAGCUCGAGGUCGAUCCCAGCCGGGUGACGCUUGGUCAGAGGAUCGGCAGCGGGGCGUUCGGCCUCGUUUACCGGGCAAUCCUGACUCGGGACGACAGGACGGAGGACGUCGUCGUAAAAACUGUUAAAGAAAACGCCAGUGAGGACGACAAGCUGAGUUUCCUGGAGGAAAUCCGCGCAGUUGUGGACCUGGGGGCUCAUAAGAACCUGCUGGGUCUGGUCAACUGCUGCACGGUGGUGCGAGACCAUCUGUAUCUCAUCACGGAGUUCAUGCCGUACGGAGACCUGAAAAGUUUCCUGAGGAAAUGUCGGGAGGAAGAAAACUCUGACGGACCUCGAGAUGAUAUCUACAACUUCGAGGUGAUGCAGAUGUUCCAGGUGGCCCGGCAGAUCGCUGGAGGCAUGGAUCACAUCGCCCGGUCUCGUUACGUCCACGGAGACCUGGCCGCUCGGAACGUCCUGGUCGGGGAACGCCUGAAGGUGAAGAUUUCCGACUUUGGGCUGGCAGAAAACAUCUACCAGCGAGGUUACCGUCGGCAGGAUCGACUUCAAAAAGUGCCAGUGAAAUGGAUGGCACCGGAGCGGCUACAGGGUGGGGAAGCCUACACCACACAGAGCGACGUGUGGUCCUACGGAAUAGUGCUGUACGAGAUCUGUACGCUAGGGGACCAUCCAUACCCUGACGUGGCGGUAAACGAUCUGAAAGACCGGCUACAGGCUGGAUACAGGAUGCCCCAACCUGAAGACUGUCCGGAUGCCAUGUACGACCUUAUGCUGCAGUGCUGGCGCUGGCAACCCGUCUUGCGCCCGUCAUUCCGUACACUGGAGGCCAAAAUAGACAGGAAUCUCGCCUUCUACGGGCCCGAGUACGCCAGACCUGCCCAACCCUAGGUAGGCAUUCCACUUUCUACGGAUCCGAGUACAACAGACCAACCCUCGACAGGCAUCCCGCCUUCUACGGACCCGAGUACAACAGACCAACCCUCGACAGGCAUUCCGCUUUCUACGGACCCGAGUACAACAGACCAAACCUCGACAGGCAUUCCGCCUUCUACGGACCCGAGUACAACAGACCAAACCUCGACAGGCAUCCCACCUUCUACAGACCCGAUUACAACAGCCUAACACUGGACAGGCAUUUCGCCUUUUACUGAGCAGAGUACAUUACAACAGCCCCAAGUACUUAAUACGACACCUGGGUACUCGCUACGGGAGGAGGAGCGGCGCUGUAAUUUUUCCGACUACUACUAUAUCUACGCGACUCAACCUCUGCUUGGAGAGUAACCUAGGUAGUCUACAGCAUUAUGUAGCGAUACCGACUAGAAGUAUCGAAGAGGUGGUACUUCAAGUCCGUUUUAUUUGUAUCUUCUGUUCUGUACAU